AUGAAUGACGCGCCAGCUCCCGAUGCCAACCCUGCUUCUAAAGCCAAGGAUCGAAUGGCCCGCUUCAAGGCGCUUCAGGCGCGAGCAAAGACUUCAGCGGAAACGAACCUGAAGGAGGCUACCCUCGAGUCUCAACGACUAGCCACCGAUCCCGCGCAACUCACUGCGCUGCACCGGAAACACGCCAUCGCGUCGCACAAGCUGCUCAAGGCAGAUGUGGAGGAAGCUGGCGAGGAUUUCGAGCGCAAAAGAGCAUGGGACUGGACUGUCGACGAGAGCGAGAAGUGGGACAAGCGACUCAAGAAGAAGGCGGCUCAUCGCGACAACAACUCCUUUGCAGACCAGACGCAGGAGGCCAACAAGAUAUACAAGCGACAGCUCAGAAAUAUCAACUACGAUAUGGAAAAGUACGAAAAGGAUAAGCAGGCUCUCAUCGAGAAGGCUGCAGCAUCGGGCGGUCUGGACAUUGUCGAAACCGAGGACGGCGAGCUCAUCGCUGUUGACAAGGAUGGAUCUUUCUACUCGACUGCGGAUUCCACGACAUUUUCUCAAAAUAAGCCGGACAAGGCGGCGGUCGACCGUCUUGUGGCAGAUCUGCAGAGAGCCGAAGAGCAGCGACUGAAGAAGAGAAAGGAGAGGAUGGCACAGAAUGGCGACGAAGGAGAUGUGACAUACAUCAACGAAAAGAACAAGCAGUUCAACCAGAAGCUGUCUCGGUUCUAUAACAAAUACACUGCCGAGAUCAGGGACAGCUUUGAACGAGGUACAAUGAUUUAG